UAUUGCAAAAGAUGUUAAUAUGUAAAUGUCACAUCAGAAUUGCAAAUUAGACUAAUAUUAAAGAAUAUGAAUGGUAAACAAACUUUUUCUCAAAAGGAAAGUGACCAAGAGAGCAAGUAUGAUGAAGAGAACAGAGGCGAUUUAAAACCGGAUAAACAUUGUUACGAUUUUGAAGACUUUGAAAAUAUAUCAGUUGCCAGUGAAACAGAUUCACAAGAGAACAGAGAAGAACUUCAUACUAAUAGUCAACAAAAUACAAUUCACUUACUAACAUUCACAAAAGAUUACAAAAAAAAUAUAGGCCUUCAAAGACAAGCAUCAACGAAUCUAUAUAAUUAUUUUCCAUUACAAUCGCUAAUAAACAAUAACAAAUUGUCUUCGGAUUCGCUCCAGUUGAAGUACCAACGCGAUACUGUAGGAAAUGUUGAAAGUUGUGCUGUUAUUGAAGAGAAACGACUACUAAAUAAAUACAAUAAAAUGCCAAAAGAUUUAACUUUUCGACAACGACUGAAGGUUUACGUGGAACCAUUAGUGCGAUGGGAAACUACUGAGGAUUCUUUUCAACCUGUGGACACUCGGCAUGCUUUUAUGCGGCAAGUAUUUUUAUUCUUGUUUAUUCUUUACUGUGUUACAGUAGGGGGAAUUGCCAUAUUUGCUUUUGUAUCACCCAUAGCACAGUAUUUCAGAGACCAUCGUACGUUAUCUAUAAUCUUAAUAUCUACAAUGCUGGGGCUGUAUGUGAUCCUGCCAUUCGUUCCAGGGUGUUGUGUUCCUUGGCUUCCCACAAAAUACCCGGCUAAUAUUAUGCUUUUGGUUUUAUACAUGUUCCUUGGUAUCAUAGGUUUUGGAGUACUUGCUGCAUUCUAUCCAUACAUUGUAAUUACAGCAGCGGGGCUUCUUUUGGCGAUGGUAGCUUUUGUUAGAGUUUGCUCCAUACCUACAGGGUGCGAUAUCUCUAGCAACCUGUUCAUGUUUAUUGCAGCAGUUUGUACAUUACUACUGGCAGUUACGGCAUGCUUAAUAGUUUAUAUCGUAACAGGAUUGCUACUUUUGUAUAUUAUCUAUUGUGGCAUUGGAAUAGCUGUGUGGAUAGCGGCUAUGGUGCACGUUUUACGGAUAGUAAUGAGUGAUCCUAUGUGUCUAGUCUGUCCGGAAGAUGAGGUACCGGCAGCUAUUUAUAUCUACACUUGCUUCGGUGGAAUGUGCGGAUGUCGAAAUGAUUAAAACCGAAAUGACCGGACUUUUUGCAAGGCGAAGGGGGCGUACAUACGUAAUUAAAUGGUACAUCAAAGAACACUAAUGUAAUCCACUGUAAA